AAAAUUUGUAUUUGUAUUUGUUAUAUUUUUUCUCUGAACGUGUGCUAAAUUGCUAACAUUGCAAACUACAUACUACAUAUAUUACAUAAAAUGCAUAAAUACUAUUUGUAGGAAAGGAUGUCAUCGGUGCCUGGUUAUCUAUGAAAAACAUAAAAAUGUUCUUCAAUAUAAAGAAAGUGAGUGCGAAGGUGAUAGUAUGUAUAUGCAUCAAACGAAUCCAUCUGCCAUGGCGAUGCGUAGCGUUUUAAAACAAAGCGAACAUAGGGGGGGAGCUCAUCCCAAUUUGAACAACAACAACAACGGGCAUUCAAGACUAUCCUCAUCGGAUCAGUAUAUAAUGAGAUCCUAUGAUGAUAUGAAUGAUUGUCCCCCAGACUUCUGCAAGGGCCGUGAAACGUUACAAAAUCUCUGCGAUCAAAUACCGGGUGAUGCUUUGCUAUAUUCGCUAUUUCGCGAAAGUGCCGAGCCGGUCAAGUGUCCGCUGAAAGGACCCUUCGUCUUCACAUACAACCGUGGUCACGGUGAGUGUAAGAGCCCUGUUUCGAAUAUUGAAAGCUGUACCGAAGAUAGUCGGCUCUUGCUGAGUUUUCAAGCUUGCCCCGAUGUGCAAGGCACCGAGAGUACAGUGGAAGAACUAACUUGCUUGGCCACUUGGAAAGACGGCAAUUCAAGAUAUCUCGUCGGUUUGGUUUCCCAUCAUCACGCAAUCUCGAAUGAAGAACGUUACCGCUGUUUUGUCUAUGAGAAAAUCUCGCCGUUAAUGGGUGGACCCAGCAUUGUUAGCGCAAAGGAUGCUGAAUACAAACUGGCACAGUCCGGCGAUGCAACAUGUAAUGGACUCGACAGUGCUGAGGUUGGCUCACGUAUUAUGUCACUGAGAAAACCGCCCGUAACUGAACGUUGCGACUUUCCGGCAUGGUUUAAGGGACCGAGGCAUUGGCAUGUUCUAAUGGGUAAUGCUGUUUACAAUUAUCAUCCCAACGAUGGUUCUGUACAUAUUAUUAAGCCGAAUGGUUUCAUGGAGACAAGAGCGUUGUGUGAACAGAUUAAUAAGCAAACAGCCACUGAAAUGAUGGCUGUUGUGCACUAUACAACUGGCUGUCAAUCGGGCUUUAUGUGCAUGAUGUUCUAUCGUCGCGAUACGCAUGUCAUUGAAAUACAGACAGGCAAGCAGGCUUCCCGGUUAGAGGAUGCAUGUGCACCAGAUCAUUUCGAUGUCAAUCGCAUGCCAUACAUUACAUUGCUUGCAAGUAAUCCAGAUCCACAAAUCUGCCCGAUGGAGGGACUUUAUAACUUGCGCGGCGCUAUUGGUCCACCUUAUUUAACUACAAGACACAAGCGUAAUCACAACAAUAAAAUGCAUUUAACACAUGGUCAUCAUCAUGCCCAGAGCGAACUAGCAUUAGCCGGAGCUGUGGCUGGAAAUGAGGGCGUUGCGUACACAAAUAAAAGACAAGCAACACUCACCUUCCGUAAUGCUGAAAAAGUGGAUAGAGGUUCAUGGCAUGCAAAUACACGUGGUUUACCCGGACGAAGUAGGCGUGAUGCCAUAACAGUUGUGAGCAAUAGCUCCGCCAAUGCCAUUAAUGAUGCUGAGACUUUAGAGCAUGUGAAUAUAUUGGAGGGCAAAUUACAGCGUCAUAAUGGCUCAGCAAAGAGUGAUGAACAUGCUAUGGUUGCAGAGAAAACGUUGCCACUUAAUGCGGUUGAUUUUGUACAUUCAGAAACUCUCUCUGAACUGGAUCGUCAACGCAAUCGACGCGAUGCUCCGGGUUGUGUAACAAAUUACAAAGCUCAACGACGACUGUGGGUGGGUUGCACUGAAGCAGAUGUUAUUGACGUGCGACCAUUGUGCAAUGAUGAUGGGGAUGAAGAAUAUUCCUGUCACGGUUCAUGGUCGGAGAAUGGCACCGUCUAUAUUAUAGCACGACAUAAAGGUACCAAACAUGGUGUUUGUCUCAGCUAUAGACCGCUUGAGGGUACAACAGCGAAAUUGGUAAUCGGCGAUGCAUGUUAUCGUGGCACACAAAAGCCACCUGAUCAUCAUUUAGUAGCCAAUCUAACUGUUUUUGGAAAAUGUGGUGAAACUGGUUCGAAUGCGCCACAAACGCAGCAAGCAACGCUAUUUAAAUGGCUUUUUGUUGUUUAUACGGUGUGUUUAACGGUAAACGUAGUGAAUCAAAUCCAAAGAAUAAGAUGAUGAAUUUAAUCCUGCACUUGAAGAUCAACGAAUGACAAUUAAAUGGCUGGAAAAUAAGAAAACGAAAACGAAAAUAAGGCGGCUCUUGAAUUUAGGUUGCAAUUAAGCACUUCAUAUUUAAUUGACAAAUAUGUAUGUAUUAUGUGAAAACGUUUAGCUAUACACAAUACACAAACACAAAUAAGUAGAUAAAAAAUAAUAUGUCAAUAGAGAAGUGCAAACUUUUUAUUUCCUGCAGUAUUUAUGCAAUGAAAUGGAAGUUUGCUAAGGACGAAAAGUGAGAGGAACUUGAGCCUAAAGGCGGUAAAAAAAAUGAACUCUAAAGUGAAAGCAGCACCCACUUAAUGAAAGGAAAGUUAAAGCUUCGACUGUCUGCAAAAAAAAGUGGAGAACCCAAAAAGUGAUAAGAGAUAAGAGCCUACAAAAUUGCAUGGGUACUGAAUGUUGGACUAGUGUAUACCUUUUAAAUAAGACUUAGCAUUCGUGGUGAGUGACGCCUACACUUACAUAAGUUAUGAAUGAAGCGAAUGAGACGCUUAUGCGUACGCAUCUAUUAUCGCACAUAGGCAUGAAAACAUACAAAAG